CCGCGACCACUUACGAGGACUCGUACGCUCGAACAAUUCCUGAAGCGAUGAGGUAACGAUUCCAAGGUCCAUCAAUAUUGGAAUCACAUCAGAGCCAUCCACCCCAUCUCUUCCAUCUCGAAUCCUCUCAUACUUUUACACCGUCAUCCACUCCCACUCCAUAUUCCCUCGCGCAACAAGCAUCCUUGUGCAUCCUUGUGCAAGCUGUGCUAUGGCGACCGCCAUCAGCGAGUCCUCCCCGCUUCUGCCGCAGCAUAGAACGUCAACUGAUUCUCCUCCUCGCCCCGGUCCACGAUCUGCUCGAACGGUCACCUUCAAUCCGAUGACUUCCGUCAGUUCACAGUCGGGAGCCACGUCCUCAGGCUCUUUGAGGCCUUCACAAAGUCCGUCAGCGGCUCUGAGCGGCACGGCUCAACAAAAGCGAGAACAACAGCCCAUGCUCAGUGCUCUGAACUCGAAACUCCGGAGAAGAAAUAGCCAUGGUGCGCCUCUACCCACAACGCAGCCAUUUACUGGAGCUCCUCGGCCUGGUGCCCAGAGGACGACCAAGACGACAGAAAAGCUGAAAAUCCUGCCAAACCCGGAUAUUGAGGAACCUGAUGAAGAGAGUGGACGAGAUGUAUAUUCGCAGUUUACCAGAAUCAAAGAUCCGACCGCUAGAAGAGACGCCGCGAGGCUAGGAAAGGCAGACAGAGACAAACUACCAAGAGUCACAGCAUACUGUGUUGCGCAAGGGUACCGGCUUGAUGCCAUUAUGAAGUUCAUGAAAUCCAGAGCCAAGACAAGGGGAGCAAAUCCAAAGCUGUUCGACGAAUGUCUUUACAGCCCUUACGACUAUGAUUAUCUGAAGAAGAACGACAAGAACAAGCCCAGCAGUAGAGGCAGCAGUCCUGUGCAGGAAAGAUUCGCCAGAGCCAUCGCCAGUCCCAGAUUGACACCUGCGGAAAGGAGAUACUCUGACAGUGCGGUCGAAGUGGAAGACAACAAGAAGCAGAGAAGAGAAGAGCUCGUGGACCUACAAGAGGAGAUGGGCCAUCCAGGCAUGAUAUCUGAGUCCUCAGAGCUGGCAAUAGAUACAUCACAAUCAACAGCUGAUCUCGGAGAGAUGGGACAUGACUUCUCCCACGAACGCUCGAAUUCCGAGUUCUCAACCACGGUGCACAUCCCCGAGGUCUUCAUCUUCGACUACGGUACUGUGGUGAUUUGGGGGAUGACUGUUCAACAAGAGCAACGAUUCCUCAACGACAUGUCCAAGUUCAGCGACGCCCCUUUGCCGACCGAAAGUGUUCAGACAGAAAACUUCAAUUUCUACUAUACAAAGGAGUACCAGGCCCGCAUCUACAAUGACUUUAUCAGUCUUCGAGAGCCUCGCAACCAUAUGAUCAAGUUAGCCAUCAGCCAUGCUGUGUCACAAAGCGUCAAAACGAGCCUGUUCGAAGACUUGGUCAGCGAGACAAUUGACGCGACGAGUCCCCUGCCUGCGCUGAUUGCUCAGACGGGUAGUGUCAAUCUGACAAGACGACAACUGAAUAUGCAGAUUGGAGAACUAUUCAUCCUAAGAAUCAACAUUCAUCUGCAAGGGAGUGUCCUUGACAGUCCAGAGCUGAUGUGGGCAGAACCACAUCUGGAGCCAGUUUAUGCGGCGGUUAGGAGUUAUUUGGAAAUUGAGCAGCGCGUGACUUUACUGACUGAGCGAUUGGAUGUUAUCGCCGAUCUGUUGGCUGUUUUGAGAGAACAAGGAAGUCGAAGACAUGGUGAGGUGCUAGAAUGGAUUGGUAAGAUUCCUCUAUGGGCUGCUCAUGGGAUGUUUAUGUUUACUAACGGUCGACAGUUAUUGUGCUAAUUGGCGCGGAAAUUCUGGUGGCGUAAGUUACAUUUCGAUGAGUUGUUCAUCACAAAUGCUGAUGCUUCUGUAUAGUGCUAUCAACAUUGUGGUUGAUCUCUACGCCGGUGUGGACUAAGUCCCCUUAUGAAUAUCAGUCGACGGCUGUCCUCUUCGCAAAGAUUCACAUCCGAGGACCUAGCUCCUCGAGCACACCCAGUCAUUCCGGCCAUAGGAUGUCACAUCUCUCGACCAACAUACAAUCAAAACCGUAAUCAACUGCUUGUAUCCAUAAAGAAUUCCUAUACCUAGCGACGGCGUUCGGAGGUCCUGUCAUUCUUGCUUUGAGUCAUUGGCGAAAAAAGGAAGGAUUAUGAUCUCUCAUUUGUAUUGAGAUUGUUGCAGCAACUGAAUUUUGGCCGGCCAGAAGGGACAGGCACACACACUCACACGUACACAUCAACGCUGAGACCAUUGAGAUGUGUCUGGUGGUUUUGUUACAAGUUCAUAUCACCUCAUAGUUACAUAUAUCGAAAAAAUUGGGUGGAUGAGUACAUUCCGGUUUCAGCAAACACUUGUUGGUCUUCGGUCUUUUGUUCUAGACGUUAUGUCUAGAGGUACCAUUUUCUGGUAAGAUUC